UUUCCAGGGCACAGCUAAUGGAAAUGUUCCUGUAUCUUCUCGCAGGCAAUUAUUCUACAUACCGGACUCGAGCCAUGAGCCAAAGUCUCAGCACAAGGGACAGAAAAGCAGUACAUACUCCUACCGAGGACCGUUUUAGAUACUCCACAGUUGACCAGACAAGUCCAUACAAGAACAUCUGCCAACUCCCAGGUUUAUGUCUAAGCAAUUUCUUGAAAGACAAAGAAUUAGGAGGAGUUAUGAAACACUCAAGGGGUACUUACGAAUCUGUCACCUCAGAAGUGACACAGAACUCGAGGACCACUGUGGGAACAAGCUUUCUGAAGCCAGCAACGAAGACAGAUGGGCUCUCCGUGUUCCCGGAGAAACCAAAGGAACCAGUAUCUCUGUCCCGACAGCACUCAACUUUCACAGGCAGGUUUGGACAGCCACCCAGAGGACCUAUCUCCUUACACACAUACAGCAGGAAGAAUGUUUUUCUCCAUCACAAUUUACAUACCACAGAGUUUCAAACUCUGGGCCAGCAGGAUGGGUAGUUAGUCCCUUGCCCUGUGAACAAUAGAAAUGGCUACU